GGGCUCCCUCCUAGGUCAGCCCUCCCUCCGCAGAAUCCAGGGCCCAGACUUGGGGGCUGGGGGCGGACCCUGUCCUUCUAUGGCCCCUGGCCUGGUGCAGGGCCUCAGGGCUCUGCUUCUCUUGCCUUCCAGUGAGGAGGAGCUGCCCAGCCUCACCACCCAGGAGGCGAAGCACAAACGCCGAGACAUCAGGCGAGCCGACAAGUGGCUGAAGAUGCUGAGGGACUGGGGGCAGUACCAGGGCAGCAAGAAGAUGCACAAGCUGGUCUUUAAGGGGAUCCCCCCGCAGGUGCGGGGUCAAGUGUGCUCGCUGCUGUUGGGCCUGGAGAAGGUGAAGGUGGAGAAUGAAGGCAAAUACGAGAGAAUGAAGGAGCAGGCGAGGCUGUUUUCUCAGGACAUCAAACAGAUCAACCAGGAUGUGAACCGAACAUUCUGAAACCAUAUCAUGUUCUGGAACCGCGAUGGCAUCAAGCAGCAAGCCCUGUUCCAUGUGCUCGCAGCCUAUUCUGUUUACAACACCAUGAGUAUCCCGCCCCCAGGCCCAGGGUCCCACACUGUCCUUGCCUCUUAAAAUCGAGUGUCUGUGACCAGACAGGAGGCACGCGUCAGGCCUCCAGCUCACAGGGUCACAGAGACGCAGCGAGGGGCUCUCUCCCCUGACGCUGAGGCGGACGGGGCUGGAUGAAGACUCCACUUCCAGGACCAGAAGGGGGCCCUCACCCCCGGCGCUGCCCGGCCCACGAGCUCAGUGGGGCUGCCGGACGCCCGUCUCGGUGGGGCUGUGUCACCAGUCAGUGCGGGGCCUCAGGGGCAUCGCUGUUGUCAUCACACUUGAGAUUUGAUCCUGAAGCCACCACAUUAUUCAUCAGAAACCAGCAGGGAGGAAGGUCCCCAUCAACCCGACUCCCUAAGAGUGAGGCAGACAGGGAGGCGGCUCCCGGGGCGACUGCUCCCCUUUCCAGAACUUUCCCUCAAGAACCACCAGCUCAGCCGACUCCACGGGCAGCCCACAGCGGGGUAUGGCCCAG